UGCCACAGCGUGUUCGGUCGACUUUGCUUGAAACAACGUGACGAAUGACCGCCGCGUGCUCUCAUGCUCGGCGUGAGUUUGUAGAGCUGAGCGGCUUGAUAUGGCUUGAGCUUCUCGUGCUUCCGUCGGGCUGCCUGGACCUAGAUUUUUAAACGAAAGAUUAUGUCCUACGGAAGUUACUGCUGCGUGGUCUGGUGUGCCAACAAUGGGAAAACAAAGAAGCCACAUGUCAAGGUUUUUCGAAUUCCACGUGACCCAAGGUCAAAAGCAUGGCUACAGUACGCCAGACGUCCUGAGCUCCUAGGAAAGACAGCCAAGGAGCUCUAUGAGGGGUAUCGCCUGUGUAGUGAGCUUUUCACAGCCAAGGCCUUUUUGGAUCCUGGGAAGACAAGGCUGACCAAAACGGCUAUCCCUACUGUUCGGCCGCAAAUGCUUAGGCCAUCUGUAACAUCCCAAGAAGAACCGGUGGCAACAACAUGCCCCUGUGACGUUCCAUUGGAGGGAAACAGAAUGUCGCAUCCCACAGCAGCUUAUGAAAAGCCGAUGUCGGAACCAAGCCCUGGGGAUGUUCGAUUGGAGGGCAGCAGAACGUCGCCUUCAACAGCUGCUCACGAAGGACCGAUGGUGGCACCAAGCCCCGGGAAUGUUCCAUUGGAGGGUAGUGGAACGUCACCUUUGGCAGCUGCUCAUAAACAACCGCUGGCGGCACCAAGUCCCGGUAAUGUUCCCUUGGAGGGCAGUGGAAUGUCACCUUCAACAGCUGCUCGUGAAGGGCCGAUGGCGGCACCAAGCCCAGGGAAUGUUCCAAUGGAAAGCAGCGGAACGUCACCUUUGGCAGCUGUUCAUGAAGAACCGGUGGCGACAUGUCCCUGUGACGUUCCAUUGGAGGGAAGCAGAACGUCGCCUUCAACAGCUGCUCAUGAAGGACCGAUGGUGGCACCAAGCCCCGGGAAUGUUCCAUUGGAGGGUAGUGGAACGUCACCUUUGGCAGCUGCUCAUAAACAACCGCUGGCGGCACCAAGUCCCGGUAAUGUUCCCUUGGAGGGCAGUGGAAUGUCACCUUCAACAGCUGCUCGUGAAGGGCCGAUGGCGGCACCAAGCCCAGGGAAUGUUCCAAUGGAAAGCAGCGGAACGUCACCUUUGGCAGCUGUUCAUGAAGAACCGGUGGCGACAUGUCCCUGUGACGUUCCAUUGGAGGGAAGCAGAACGUCGCCUUCAACAGCUGCUCAUGAAGGACCGAUGGUGGCACCAAGCCCCGGGAAUGUUCCAUUGGAGGGUAGUGGAACGUCACCUUUGGCAGCUGCUCAUAAACAACCGCUGGCGGCACCAAGCCCCGGUAAUGUUCCCUUGGAGGGCAGUGGAAUGUCACCUUCAACAGCUGCUCGUGAAGGGCCGAUGGCGGCACCAAGCCCAGGGAAUGUUCCAAUGGAAAGCAGCGGAACGUCACCUUUGGCAGCUGUUCAUGAAGAACCGGUGGCGACGUGUCCCUGUGACGUUCCAUUGGAGGGAAGCAGAACGUCGCAUCCCACAGCAGCUUCUGAAAAGCCGAUGGCGGAACCAAGCCCCGGGGAUGUUCGAAUGGAAGGCAGUGGAACGUCACCUUCGGCAGCUGCUCAUGAACAACCGAUGGCGACAAGCCCCUGUGGUAUUUCACUGGAGGGUACCAGCGCGUCACAUUCCAUAGCUGCCUGUGAGCAAAUGGGGAUGGCCAGCUCUCCUGGCCAGCUUUUGGACCACAGCACUCCACCUUCGUCUGUUGGCUAUUCUGAAUCAUCUGGAACCUGCUCUGGUCGUUCAACACCUGCUUCCGCCAAGCUCUCAAGGAGGCCCAGGGACGUCAUAAAACGCCUACAAGCAAAGUUUUCCAGUUACAGAAAGACAAUAUCAAGACUGCGCAAGCAACAGAAGCAAAUGCCUCAAACAGCUGCCGAAGCACUUGAAAUGGUGCGUCCGUUUGUGACAGAAGAGGUUUUUGGACUUAUUUCGUCACAUGUAAAAUUAGGGCGCAAAGGACGAGGAAAACGGUUUCCACUGUGGUUCAAGAAGUUUGCUUUGCAUCUGAACUUUCAUGGCCCACAGGCAUACCGUUUUCUAUCGUUACAUUUAACGCUUCCCACACAGCGUUCACUGCGUACGUGGCUAUCGAACGUAAAAAUGACUCCUGGUAUUAUACCUGGUGUCAUGUCCUCCAUCGAAUCUCAAACGCGGUCUUGGAAUGCACGUGAUCGUGUCUGGACCUUGAUUUUUGAUGAGAUUGUUUUGAAGAAGAACUUGACAUACGACCCUGCACACGACAUUAUCCAUGGACUUGCAGAUGACGGUGUUGAACGAACCUCGACCAUUGCAGAUAGAGCCCUGGUUGUUGUGCUCUCUGGACUUUCCAGGAGGUGGGUUCAGCCCCUCGCAUACACUGUUGGGCACACUUCAACACCGUCUUCUGUUAUCCGGAGCCUCCUGAUUUCUCUCAUUCGAGAGCUUAAGACUGUUGACUUCACUGUGAAGGCCGUGGUCUGUGAUCAGGGGGCUUCAAACGUAAGCUUAGCCAACCAACUUGGUGUAUCUGCUGAUAAGCCAUUUUUUGAAGUCGACAACGAACAUGUUUACUUUAUCUUUGAUGUUCCGCACCUCAUCAAAACAACCAGAAACAAUCUCCAAGCCCACAAUCUUUGCAUUGGGGAUGAGGUCAUUGAAUGGUCCCAUAUUGUUGAACUUUAUCGUUCUACUCAUGAGAUGAGGUUGCGAUUGGCUCCAAAACUUACUAAGAGGCACAUUUUUCAAAAACCUUUCAGUAACAUGAAAGUAAAGCGUGCCACACAGGUCCUGAGUGCCUCAGUCUGUCUUGCCAUUCUAUCCCUUGUUUAUGCCAAGGAGCUUCCUGAGGCAGCCAUGGCUACAGCCUAUUUUUGUGACAGAAUGGACAGACUUUUUGAUUGUUUAAAUAGCUCGCAAUUCAAGAAGACGGGGCAGAAGUUGCGUCAUGCAAUUUUGAAAGGAGAAUCUGAGAUACUCGAUUUCCUUCACCAACAACUCGCAUGGAUUUCAACAUGGAAGUUCCAAAGUAGGAGGCAGCCACAAACCACCAUAGGGUGGCAAGUUACAAUAAGGAGUGUCCUCAUGCUCUGGGAUGAGCUUUCAAACAGCUAUGACUUUAAAUUCUUACUUACUCGACGCCUGCAGCAAGACCCACUGGAGAACAUUUUUGGGGCAAUAAGACAAAUGCUGGGCUGCAAUACAAACCCAAAUGUGAAUCAGUUCACCUCGGGACUGAAACACAUCGGGAUAAAAAAACUGUUCAGACUCUCUAACAAUGGAAAUGUAGAGGAUGAAAAGGCUGACCUCCUCAAGGAGUUGCCAAUAUUUUCGCACCAUGAAAGUUCUAUUGCAGACAAUGUGGAAUGUUUUUCAGUUGAUAAGUUCCCGCCACUAGAAGAUAUUUCUGAGCUGGCAUCAGACAUCAGGUCUAACAUAAUUGAUGACUCGUGCACUUACUACGUCGGAGGCUAUUUGAUCAAACUUUUCCUUGAACAGACAACCCGCAGCUGUGGCUGUUCUAAGCUGCUAAAGGAUGAGUCUGACAACUUGACCAGGCCUCACCAGUAUUUUCUUGUGCUUAAAGCAUACCACGUGCCUGGGAAACUCUUCGGGAACCUAGUAGUACCAUCACAGGCUGCCUUUAACUUCAUUCAGAAACUAGAAAAUCACUUUCUUGCCGUAAUAGAGAGAGUAGCGCAUGUUCGAGGAGUGUGUGCUGCCUUGUAUCACACACUCUCAGAGCUGGGUGGUUUCAGCCUUUGCUCACAGGAGUGUCACAAAAGGUUUUUAAAAAUGUUUUGCCGAAUACGCUUGUGUUGGCAUGUUCGGUUCCUUAACCGGAACUUGGGCAAAGUUCGGUUACACUCUUCGGUUGCUAGUAAGCAACUUGAUAAGUUUAACUGUUAAUAGCUUAAUAGCGUAUUAACAGAGGCGGUUGCCAAAUCAAAAACAGAAAUUGCUUAUUAAUUGGGCAGUGUAGCUUGCACUCCAAACAUGUGCUUUCUUUAUUUCCAGGAAAUGUGUAUCACGGCCCCCUUACACAAAUAUUCAUCCACUUUCUGCAGAAUUUCUAUAGA